CUACUACUACUACUACUACUACUACUUUCAAAAUGGUAUUAUUAGCCUCCUCACGAUCCCUUGCGCGUUCGCUUGGUCCCCUUGCUUCUCGCUCUCGAGCUUUUCAGAGCAGCGCUGCUUCCCGUUCCCUCUCGACUGCCACCGCUCGCGGCCAGGCCAAAUCCACAACUCUCCUGAGGCCCACGGCCGCCACGAGGACAAGCAACUUGUUGUCGACUGGAUCGUCUUUUCGUAUGCUGACAACCCAACGCGAAAAGGUCAAAGUUCUUUUGGUUCUGUACGACGGCGGACAGCACGCCAAGGAUGUCCCUGAGCUUCUCGGAACAACUGAGAACGAGCUCGGUAUCCGCAAGUGGCUCGAGGACCAAGGUCACACUUUGGUGACCACCUCAGACAAGGACGGUGAGAACUCGACCUUCGACAAGGAGUUGGAGGAUGCCGAGAUCAUCAUCACCACUCCCUUCCACCCUGGAUACCUGACUGCUGAGAGGCUGGCUCGCGCCAAGAAGCUCAAGCUCGCCGUUACUGCUGGUAUCGGCUCUGACCACGUCGACCUGAACGCCGCCAACAAGACUAAUGGCGGUAUCACUGUCGCCGAGGUUACCGGCUCCAACGUCGUCUCGGUUGCUGAGCACGUUCUCAUGACCAUCUUGGUCCUCGUCCGUAACUUUGUUCCCGCCCACGAGAUGAUCCAGGCCGGCGAGUGGGACGUUGCUGGCGCCGCCAAGAACGAGUAUGAUCUCGAGGGCAAGGUCGUCGGUACCGUCGCUGUCGGUCGUAUCGGUGAGCGUGUCCUGCGCCGUCUCAAGCCAUUCGACUGCAAGGAGCUCCUUUACUACGACUACCAGCCACUGGCCCCGGAGGUCGAGAAGGAGAUUGGCUGCCGUCGCGUGGACAACCUCGAGGAGAUGUUGGCUCAAUGCGACAUUGUCACCAUCAACUGCCCCCUGCACGAGAAGACUCGCGGCUUGUUCAACAAGGACCUCAUUUCUAAGAUGAAGAAGGGUUCAUGGCUCGUCAACACUGCUCGUGGCGCCAUCGUCGUCAAGGAGGACGUUGCCGAGGCUCUGAAGAGCGGUCACCUCCGCGGAUACGGUGGUGAUGUCUGGUUCCCUCAGCCCGCCCCCAAGGACCACCCGCUCCGCUACGCCAAGAACCCCUUCGGUGGCGGUAACGCCAUGGUUCCUCACAUGUCCGGUACCUCGCUCGACGCUCAGAAGCGUUACGCUGAUGGCACCAAGGCCAUCCUUGAGAGCUACCUCAGCGGCAAGCUUGACUACAGGCCUCAGGACCUUAUCGUCCACGCUGGUGACUACGCCACAAAGGCUUAUGGCGAGCGUGUCAAGAUCACCGAUGCAUAGAAAUGUAUAUAUAAUGAAUGAAUGAAUUUGAUAUUUUUCUGCACCAUACACAACUACUAGUUCUAGAACUAAACUUUUGUGACCAGUA